AUGAGAUCAUCAUGCAAGAAGAAAAACAAGAAUAAGAAGAAAUGGAUAGCUUUCAAGUCCACCUCAAAAUCUCAAGAGGAAGAAGAAGAUGCUUCAGAAAAAGAUGAAGAAAUGGCUUUUAUUACCAAAAGAUUCAAAAGAUUUGUGAAGAAAAAACAAGAGCUCAAAAAACAAUUCAAGAAGGAUAAGAAGAAAGCCAUGAUCGCAGCAUGGGGAGAAGACAGUGAUGACAGCGACUCGGAGACGGAUAUUUGCAAGAAUAAAGUCGCAAAUCUAUACUUGAUAGCACUUGAAGAUGAUGUGUGCUUUAGGUUAAAAUCUAGCAACAACCGCUGGUACCUUGAUAGUGCGUGCUCAAGGCAUAUGACCGGUGACAAAGCAAUGUUCUCAACCCUUAAAUCCAAAGAAGGAGGUCACGUGACCUUCUUCUUUGGUAAGGGAAAGAUCAUCGGCGAAGGUAGUAUUGGUAAACCUUCUUCACCCAUCAUCGAAAAUGUGUUGCUUGUUGCAGGAUUGAAACAUAACUUACUUAGUAUUAGUUAA